AUGGAGGCAAGCCUCUGGAGCAGGCUACCAGAGGAGCUCCUACACCUGGUUCUAGCUCACCUUUCACCUCAGAGGUUUCUAAAACUCAGGCCAACCUGCAGGGCCUUUAGCAACCUCAUUCUAUCUCCUUCCUUCAUCUAUCUCCACUCACCGAACAGAGCUUCACUCUCAUUUUUGCUCAUGUCUCACCCAAAUCAUCGAACCCAACUUCACCUCUACGAACCCAUUUCAAGCCAGUGGCGCCUCCUCCCUUUUGCCCUUUCAACCCACCCCAUAUUUUCCAUGGCCGGUCUCCUCUGUUUUUUCAAUGGCUCCUGCUUUCUUCUCUGCAACCCCAUCACGAAAUCGUCUCGAUUGGUGCCUUGCCCAAACCUCAAGUUCCUCUUUCUAACCAUGAUCCCAGGCGAAACCCCAAGCUCUUAUAGGAUUUUCAUGGUGUCUGGUUCAUUGGAUUGCUGGCUCUAUGAUUCAACAGUAACCAGGUGGAAGAAAACAUGGGUGUUCGAUGAGAAAGCCGCAAUGGAUUUGGAGAGGUCAGGUGGAGUUUUCUCCAAUGGCCUCCUGGUUUUUUCAAGGUCUAAUCCUUUCUCUGUAACUGGUUUUCGAUUAGAGACUAGAGAAUGGGAAGAACUCGCCGGAGACUCACCAGAAAACCACCAUUUUUGGCCAGAAGACCUCGUUUUCUCAAGGCUAGUAACCUGUGAAGGCCGAGUUUUCAUGGUGGGUGGAAUUGGGGUACAUGGGGUAUCAAGAGAAAUGAUUUUAUGGGGUUUUAGAGAGAGAGAAAAGGAUUGGGAUGAGAUCGAAAGAGUUCCUGUAAUGAUUUCUAGGAAGCUUUUCUCAGUAUGUUUCCAUAACUUUGAAUUGGUUUGGUGUGUUGGGAUUGAAGGGAUGAUAUGCGUGUGUUGUUUGACAUGGCCUGAGGUUUUGGUUUUUAAGGUGGGAAGAGGGACAUGGCACUGGUUGAGUGUGUGUCCCUUCGUGGACUAGAAAUGGACUUGUGGGUUUAGGUGGUCCUCUUUCCAGCCUGAUCUCUAUGCUCAGCCAUGA